AUGGACAACAGCGGCAAAGAGAAGGAAGCCACAGCGUUGAUGGCGGAAGCCGAAAGGAAGUUAAAGUCGUCUCAGUCGUUUUUUGGGGCUCUUUUCGGCUCAGGUUCCUCCAAGCUGGAAGAAGCCUGCGACAUGUACGUAAGGGCAGCCAACAUGUUCAAAAUGGCCAAGAACUGGUGCGCUGCGGGAAACGCCUUCUCUCAGGCAGCCCGGCUCCACCUGCAGAUGCAAAGCAAACACGACGCGGCUACUAAUUUCAUCGAUGCAGGAAAUGCCUUUAAAAAAGCUGAUCCUCAAGAGGCCAUCAACUGUCUAAACCGAGCUAUCGAGAUAUAUACAGAUAUGGGUCGCUUCACCAUCGCGGCCAAGCAUCACAUAAGCAUCGCCGAGAUCUACGAGACUGAGUUGGUGGACAUUGACAAGGCCAUCGCUCACUAUGAACAAGCAGCAGAUUAUUACAAAGGCGAAGAAUCCACUAGUUCGGCCAACAAGUGCCUCCUGAAGGUUGCCACCUACGCCGCCCAGCUUGAGCAGUACCCCAAAGCCAUCGAGAUCUACGAGCAGGUGGGCACUCACGCCAUGGACAGCACGCUGCUCAAAUACAGUGCCAAGGAUCACUUCUUCAAGGCGGCGCUGUGUCACUUCUGUGUGGACAUGUUGAACGCCAAACUGGCUGUGCAGAAGUACGAAGAGAUGUUUCCAGCGUUUUCCGACUCAAGAGAGUGCAAACUGUUGAAGAAACUUCUAGAUGCCUACGAAGAACAAAAUGUGGAUGCCUACACCGACUCAGUAAAGGAGUUCGAUACUAUCUCGCGGUUGGACCAGUGGCUUACCACAAUGCUCCUACGCAUCAAGAAGACCAUACAGGAGGAGGAGAGCGACCUGCGUUGA